UAAAACACCUUGCUUAAAGAGGAGGAAGCGUUAAGUAAAAGGGUGAAAAAGAAAAGAACUCAAGUUGAAAAAUUCAGGUGCUGAAGAAAGGAAAGAAAAGGGAAAAAAAAGGAUCUUACACUGUGGAGUUCUUAUCAAUUGUGCAAUAGUCAAAAUAUACUGCUAUUCCGGGUAUCUAUGAUUAAGAAGGUGCCAUUCAGUAUUUCAAUUGUUAGAGGAAUUCAAAUUUGAUAUCAAAAUAAGGCAAUUACUCGAGUUAUAGCGGAGUGAGAGCGGAAUUUUUCAAUUACUUUUCAAAUCAUCUUUUACCCCUGCCUAUCAGUACAGCUAAAUGAAUCAUGAUAGGGGAGUUACCAUUAGAGAUUCAGAUCAAGUUACUAAGGCUAGCGCCUGCUAGUAGCUUGAAACAUGUCAAUUCCCAUUUCUACAUGCUAUACAACAGUUUGUACUAUGAUAAGAUUAUCGAAACUUUUGGAGAAGAUAUCAUUUAUGUCAUAAUCAAGGCAUUGUCAUGGAUAAAAAUCUAUAUUAGAUCUUUAGAUGCAUUUAGAUUUGUUUGCAGAAAUGUGAUCAAGAGUCGUCUUGACUUGAAGAAUGUCCCCGUUGCCAGAAAGAGGGCAGAAGAUUGUUGUCGGGAUAUGGAUCCUAUAGUUGCCAAUGAAAUCUUGAAUUGUGAAUAUAUCAAGGAUUCCUGGCGUUAUAUCUAUUCAGUAUUGAAAAAUAAGAGAUUGUUUGCUGAAUAUACCGAUUAUAAGAUAGAUGAACCCACGAAUUAUGUAUUUAAUCAUUUUGUUGAAAUUAAUCGAAGUUAUCUUUUGUCUUACACCAAGAGUUUAUGGUUGGCUCCAGGAGAUUAUAACUUGAAUAUAGGCUUGGUUAUUAAGCACGGAAGCGGAUUGGGUACUACGAAAUUUGAAAUCAAGUAUGAAAAUCUGCAAGGUAAAACAGUAACUCAGACUUUUUAUCCGCCAACUAAUAUUAAUGAAAUUUUACCAAAGCAGCAAUUCUGUUUUUUAAGAUUGGGUGAAUUCACCAUACCCCCUGCCGAUCCUAAAGUGGGUACUGAUGAUUGCAACCAUCAUAAUAAGUUAUACAAAGUUCAAUUGGUGAUGGAAGAAAUCGGGCUUUAUUUGAAAUCUGGUUUUAGAAUCUUUUUCAUCGACAUUUGUCAACCGCUGCUUCUUUUCAACGAUUUCGACUUAUUAUACUACUCAGUUAAAGAAACAAAUUAUAAGUAUUUCAUUAACUUGCCGAUGAAAAAUCUAUAUAAGGCUUUGAACUAUAUCCAGAAUGGGGGUGAAAAUCAUGAGUUGAACCAGAAUGAUGAUCAAGCCCAUUAUGGUGAAGGUGAUCCUUUUGAUAUAAUGGAUCAAUACGACCAAGACUACUCUGUUGACGAUGUCUUGGUUAAAUCUUCCAUACCUUCCGCUCCAAAUAAAGAUAAAAGGCCCGUUGAAAAAGAGCAAAACAAGUAUAAAGAUAAAAGAAUGAAAAUGGUUUACGGUAGCAGCAAAAAAGAUCAUAGCAUGGCUAAUUAUAUCUUGAACAAACAGAAAGACCCUCGAGAAGACAAAUUAGCUGCAUAUGCAGAUUUUUACUUCAAUAAUCAUUUCAAAAAAAGAUAUUUCAAAUUUAAUACGGUUUAUCAACGUCGCCAAUUCAUAAAUCGUUUUGGUGACUUCGAUUUAGACUGGAAUAAUGUCGAAGAAUACAAACCAGGUACUAGAUUGGAUGAUAAAACUUCUAACCGGCAAAGAUCUUGUGCAUACGACAAAGAAGGUCUAAAAUGGAAAAUCCCUUUGGUGGGUGAACUAUGAGCUCAAUACACGUAGAUUCCCAUAAUUUUAAUGCAUUUUUAAUGAUUUUAUAGCUUUUAAUAACGAAUUUUGA